GGAAAAGUGUUUGUUGAUUGCGGUAUGUGUCACGCGAUAGUAUUGUGACACUGCUGGUUUUCUGUUGAUUUCCUAGGUACUCAGACAUGCUAUAGCCUAUAACUUCAGGGCAACACACACUAAGUAUCGAGGAACAGCUCCUGUAACCCUGAUGGAAAGUAAAACUGAUAGUUUUGACUAAUAAAGGAUCAUCUUUAAAAAAUAUCUAUAGGAGUCAGCAGUCAAUUUGCAAGAAUGGCUAACAACAACAGAGAUAUCCAAGAAAGCACCCCACUUCUGGACUCUGACACCAGCAGACCCACUCCACCCUCAGUUUUCCAGGGAAGAAGACUGGCAUGCGCUGCUAUACUUCUGGCUGAAUCUUUAGAAAGGAUUGCAUUUUAUGGCAUCACGUCAAAUCUGGUUUUAUUUCUCAAUAAGAAUCCAUUUUAUUGGCAGGCAACCCAAGCUACUCAGGCUCUUCUAAUGUUUAUGGGUGUCACCUACCUGAUAUCGCCUUUUGGAGGGUGGUUGGCUGAUGCUUAUCUUGGAAAGUUUUGGACAAUUGCAUCUAGUUUGAUACUCUACUUCAUUGGAAUGUUAUUUUUCCCUUUUAUUGCAAAUGAAGAUACUAGAACUGGUAUUUGUGGCCCAGAAAAGCCCUUCCCGGUCCAGCCUGCUGAGUGUCUGAGCCCAAAUGGUACUCUACCGAGCAACGUUACGUGCCCUGUCCGUGACCCAUACUGUGCCCCAGUUCUAUAUAGUGGACUUAUUCUGAUUGCUUUAGGUGUGGGCACUGUCAAGUCAAAUAUCACUCCAUUUGGGGCAGACCAGGUCAAAGAUCGAGGCCCAGAAGCGACGCGCAGAUUCUUCAACUGGUUUUACUGGUGCAUAAACCUUGGAGCCAUUCUGUCUCUGGGAUGUGUGGCCUACAUCCAGCAGAACACUAGCUUUGAGGCUGGCUACAUUAUUCCCACAGUGUGUCUGGGAAUUUCUUUUAUUGUCUUCUUACUUGGUCGUACUGUUUUUAUCACAAAACCAGCUGAUGGCAGUGCCUUCACAAAUAUGUUCAAAAUUCUGGGGUUUGCCUGCUGUUCUCAGAAACCCAAAGAGACAAACCUGUUUCGCAACAAACCUUCACUACUGGACAGUGCCAAAGUGACAUAUGGGGGAAAAUUUCCUGAGGACAAAGUUGAGGAAGUGAAAGCGCUGAUGAAAAUCCUCCCAGUUUUCUUCGCUCUCAUCCCAUACUGGACUGUCUACUUCCAGAUGCAGACAACUUACAUCCUGCAGAGCCUACAUCUGAGGAUUCCUUAUAUUCCCUCUCCCAACAGUACUGCAGACUCAAACAAGAUAAUAUUCCGUUUCCCUGCGGCCUGGCUCACCAUGUUUGAUGCAGUACUCAUCCUUCUGCUGAUCCCCCUUAAGGACAGAGUGGUGGAUCCCAUGCUGAAGCGCCGCGGCCUGCUGCCCUCCUCGCUCAAGAGGAUCGCAGUGGGAAUGUUCUUUGUCAUGUGGUCUGCUGUGGCGGCUGGAAUUUUGGAAACCAAGCGUCUGGAGAUUGUUAAAACAAAUGGUACCAUCGACCAGGAGUUUGGUGACGUAACUUACUUUGCUGCAGAUUUGCCAAUAUGGUGGCAAGUGCCUCAGUACGUCUUAAUUGGGAUCAGUGAAAUCUUUGCCAGCAUUGCAGGUUUGGAGUUUGCUUAUUCUGCUGCCCCCAAGUCCAUGCAGAGUGCCAUCAUGGGACUGUUCUUCUUCUUCUCUGGGAUUGGCUCGUUUGUCGGCUCUGGAUUGCUAGCUAUUGUCUCCCUGCCUCAGAUUGGAUGGAUGUCCUCUCGUAAAGACUUUGGUAAUAUUAAUGACUGCUCCCUGCAUUACUACUUCUUCCUGUUGGCGGGGAUCCAGGGCCUGACUCUGUUGGUCUUCCUUAUCGUCUCGGUCAAAUAUGAACGACAGAAGGGUCGAUCCUUGAGCCGACAACAGAGCCACAUCUCCUCAUGACCUCAACACACACAACCCAUCACCAUACAUGCCUUUUCUACCCCCAAAGACUGUUUUUAUGAAGGUACUUUAGCACAUUUAGCCUAUUGUAAGAGAAUGACUCCCAAGAAAUUUAAAUAGUAUGUCUUUUUGUGAGGGGUGCUUUGUCACUUUCAUAAUAAUGAUGGUUUUACAGACACAGGCCUCUUAUAGAUAGAGUUUUAUGAUGUAUUCCUUUUUGGUUUUGCCUUUUAACCGUUUGCACUUGAGAUGAGGCAUUGCAGCCAGUUGUUCUCCAGUAUUAAGUAUUUUCUGACAAGGACAUUGAUGGUUUUAAUAGUCACCUUUAGUUUUUUAGAUGUUAGCCUUGUUAUGUAUCAUCGAGUUAACAAAUGAUCUUAUGAAAUGUUAGGGGUCAGUUCAUUUGAUGUAGUUGUUUAUGGGGAGUUGUAACCACUGAGAAGGCCAUUGUGUUCAACCACUAAAGCUCAAGAUCAAAAUUGAUUUAGUAACUUUUUUACUUGCAGUAUAUUUUUAUUAGAGUGAUGUAUUUGAAUAAUUACAUUGCUAUCUUUAUCUUGUCAUUUGGUCUGAUUAAGUUUUAGAAAAUAUGGCCUACUUAAAGUGUAAAUUGAAUUGAUGUUUUAAGAAUUUGGUCAAUAUGUAUUUAUAAUGUAUGAUGACAGACAUAGACAGUUAAAACUAUGUUCUGAGAUGUCCUAUCUACCAUCAUUUACAUAUAUUCGCUAUAAUUACAAUGGCUCAAUGAAUAUAUGUAAAUGAUAACUAUUAAAUGCACUAUAAGCAUCAACCAUUAAGUAUAAUGAGACAUUAUCCAAAAAUACUGUAGCUGAAAGAAUUUUUUUUAGUGUAGGUCAAACAGAAAAGCCACUGUCUCUAUGAAAAACUACUAAUUAGUAACAAACUCUGAUGUUAAUGAAUAUUCAUUUAUUUUGUGUUAAACUGUAUUAUAGAAGUCAGAAAAUCUUGACUGUAAAUACGAUUUAAUGUUUUAUAAUGGAUGAGUAUGUAAUGUGUCAUUUCGACAUGUACUGUGAUAUAUUUUCUUUACCUGUGGAAGAAUUUCACUUUUUACUCCUCAGAUUAGCUUCAUAUUCACAGAUAAAACUCAGGACUUAAGUUAUGUUUAGGAAAUCUUCAUUUUAAUGUGGUCUGCUGUGCUAUAAAGACACAUGGUUUUAUUUGUGAAUUGAAUGCUUUGCUGGCUGUUUUAUAUAUGUAACGUGCUCUUGAUUUGUUAACAGAUUUCAGUUUUAUUUCUAUUCCUAGCUCUAUAUAAUUUGAAUAAUUUUGUGGAUUUAUUUGUGCCUAUUAAAGUUUAUUAGAAUGAGAGCUAAAUUGGAUUAUUUUUAGGUCUUAGCCUGAAUGACUCACAUUGCCUGAUUUGAUUAUGCGUUUUCAUGUACUCUAUUUUGACAAGUAGUGCUGACGUGUUUUCUGGCAGCCGCUAUUAAAAAUAAUGCCCCUUUUCAUUACUCACACCGUAUAUGAAAUGUAUGUAAAAAAUGUCACACUUGAGUUAACGUCUCCUGUCAGCGCAGCAUGUUUACUCUGUUACUGUUCUUAGACUAGCUUAAAGUACAUUGUGUUCAUUUAUUUAUAAGAAGGAAUAUUCACUGUUUGGGGUGUGAGGUGCACAGCCUUGUUCCAGCGAAGGAAACUGCAGCUUUUUUAUGGGAUGUUUAUAUAUAUAUAUAUAUAUUUUUACUGGGUUAAUUUAUUAUUAGCCUACUUAUAAUUCAUUCUGAAAAUAGUUUACACUUGAGUAGAGAAGAAAAAUGAUAAUGAUAUUUAAAUAUAUAUUUUUAUAGCAGUAGCAAUAGGAGUAAGCCGUUGUAAUCAGUGUUGGGAAGUAACUAAAUACAUGUACUGAAAAUGCAUAUUCUCAAUACACAUUUUGAGUAAUUCUGUUACAGGACGUCUUUCAUGUGGUGCUGUUCAGUAUACAGUUACUUUCCUAAAAUUAAAGGAAUGUCUUGGGGUAUUUGUUUAGUCUUCAAACUGUACAACAGCUGUGUGUGAGCGUGUGUGUGUGAUUUUUCUUCUCUAAUCAGUGAUACAUAUAUGCCCAACACUAUGUUUUACACCAUAAUAUAAUACUUAAAUGUGAAGUAUUCAGAAUAGAGUACACUGAUUGUGCCAUGUAAAUUAAUGUUACAAAACAGAUUUUAAUGCAGGGAGGCAAUAUUCUUUAACUACAUAUGUUUUAAAAAUAUUCUUCCCAACACAGUAGUACUAUGAGUGGGAGUGAUCACUGUGACAAGGUUGUAGUGGAAGUCAGCACUUUUACUGUUAUUAUAGUACUACAAACAUAAUUAGUUUUAGUGAUACUAGUUUGUGUUGAUAUAAUUGUACUAGAAUGCAUUGGUUGCUCUUUAUGGCCAUGUACAAUUACUACAACUCCAGUAUAUUUUGCAGUUUUAUGUAACGAGCAUCCUCUUCCUCAGUGGAUUUCUCUAUAGUGUCAUCAGGUUGAAAUCUACACAUGGCGGUGCAUCAUUUCAAAUUCAGUUCAGAGAAGACCAUUUCCUGCAACAUUUGGUCAGCAGGGUUGAGUUUGAUGUCUGAAGUCAACACAAAACCUCCGGGUCAUAAUUCUACAGCAGCAGCUUGUUUUUCAUGUCAAGAGAAAUUUCAGACACGUCCUAGUGGUUAUGAAGGCAGCUAUAACAGC